AUGGCCUUCUCUCAAAACAACAACAGUGUGGAGAUAAGGCUUUGCACAGCAGUCAACGACGCGGUAAGGGCUCGCAAUGCGGUUGAACUUGCGUCAAUUGUUCUUCUAGAGCCACCUUUCCCACCCAUAUACGAGGAGCUUGUCCAAUCUUUGCGGAACAAUUAUCCGCAAAACGCAAAUAACUCUGACAGUCGGCUGGAUCAGCUGGUGCGAAAAGCUGUUACAGAAACAGCUGAAUAUCAGGAUGAGCAAGGGAAGCCAGUACAGGGCUGGAACGCCAUGGUCACGUUCCUGGUAGGGUGGAUGACCUUCUUGAGAGAUAUGGAUCUAGACAACUUGUUGCAUACAUAUCAAGGACUAAAAGAUCUGCAGGAGCAGGCUAACAGCGCAUUAACCCACCCAAUCAAGGGCGUUCUGAUCCUUCCGACGAUUGUAAACUAUGCCAGAGUCUUCUCGCGUGUUGCUCUGGGACUGGACAAACACCCGGAACUCAUUCAACAUCUACUUACGUCCAACGAUGAAGGCUCUCGAGAAUCUUUGUCGGAGAAAGCAGCCAACGUCGUUCGAGUGGCAUUCACCCAAUGCUUAAACGAUCGAGUGGGCACGCAGGAUAAGAAGCUCGGAAUCUACAAAAUGGCGAACAUUUGCCUGAAGAUUCUUUUUCAGGCUGACAAGCCUGAAAGCUGCGAGACGAUCUUCAAGAACAUUACCAAUUCGUCGCCACCACUGCAUCUUUAUCCGAAGCCAGAGCAAGUCACGUACCUGUACUAUCUUGGGCGGUAUCACUUUGCCAACACCAACUUCUAUGCGGCUCAGUUGGUGUUGGAUCACGCGUACGAUCUCAGUUCUCAAAGACCGCAGUUCAUCAAACAACGGCGCCUCAUACUCAUAUAUCUCAUCGCUUCUAACCUGAUCCUUGGCCGUUCUCCCAAGCAAGACAUCUACGCACUACCAGAAGCUCAAGGUCUACAUGCUAUCUUUGACCCAAUAGCAAAAGCCAUCAAAUCGGGCGACCUUGAAAAAUUCCGUCGUAUCACAAACACAGACCUUUCAGACCCAAGUGCAGGCUGGCUCAUGAAGUUCAGGAUAUUCUAUCAACUCGGGAAUUACUGCGAAGUCUUGGUCUGGCAAUCACUGUUCAGAACGAUAUAUCGGUUGACAGGGCAAGAAGGUGGAUCGACCACAAAUUCGGCUGCCGUUCUCGACCUCAACGCUGUCCAUGUUGCCUUCUCAUAUCUCGAAGCACAAGCGAAGAUCAAAAACGGCCAGUUUUCAGAGCAAGGUCGUGGAGCCGGACGCCGCAAUUUUGGUCAUAUCUUCCAGGACCACGCGUCGGUAUCGAAGUCGUCGUAUAUUGAUCCUGACUUUGCAGGUGUUGAAGGUGUUGAGCCAUACAACCACGAGGUUGAUCUUGCCGAGGUGGAAUGCAUAUGCGCCACUCUGAUAACACAGGGGUUUGUAGCUGGUUACAUCAGCCACCAAACGCAGAGGCUGGCUAUCUCAGGUGCCAGAAGACCUGGUGGUGCCGUGAAGAACGGCUUCCCAGCUCCUUACGGAGUGAUCAAAAGCAAGAACAGUGACAACGUUCUUGGGUGGAAGAAGGAUGCUGGAGGCGGUACGCAAGGACAGGUCAUCCGCAUGAGUGGAGCCAAAGCAGCUGGAGAGUGA